AUGCGGCCACUUGGCCUCUCCUGGGCCCCCUGGCUGGCCCUCUACCAGGCGCCCUGGCCGGCACACGGCGGGUCUAGUGGGCUCCUGGCCACUGGUCCAGGUGCUGGUGCGCUGGUCAUCGGUUCUGAGGAUCUCCAGAAAUUGCGUGGAGCCUUGGGGCGCGUGGCCGACGAGCUGCAUUUGGUCUUGGGGCUCCUGGACCAGCACCUGGAGGCGGGGCUGCCGGCACCGCUCCGUGAUGCAGCCAGCGUCUCGGAGGAUGCGCAGCUUCGGGUGCAGCAGGUGGAAGCCGCUCGGCGCGCGGCGGCUGAGGUGGCCGGCCGCGCCGCCGGGGUGGCGGGCACGGCGGCAGCGCUGGCAGCCGGCGAUUUCGUGCCAAUGCCGCGCGUCGAGGACAUCAGUGACGACGGCCCGCAAGCGCCUCCUCGUCCAGCGCCAGAGGCGAAGGGCGCCAAAACAGCGGUGACAUGGAUCAGUUCAGGUCUCACGCUCCUGUUUUGGGUUUGCAUCUUCUUCCUUGACAUCGUCAUCGUAGUCGGGAUGCAGAUCUUUCUGGAGUCCAUCGGCCGAAAGCGAACAGGUCGCGAGAUCAUGUCCCAGAAGGCCAUGGCCAACGCGCUGGCCAAGGCCGCCACGGGCGGCCCGACGGGGGCUCCCAUCCCCGAGCCCAGUGCAGCAGGCAGCCAGCGACUUUCAGUCCUCUCCCAGGAAGAGCUCUUGGCCCACCUGCUGGCCGAGCAUUGGGUGAAGAUCGUCAUAGGCCUGGGCCUAGCCGUUGCUCUGCGACUGCCGCAGCUGUUCCUUAGCGAAGACGGGGUCGUCUUCCACAUGCUUUUUACCUUGGUGACGGUCCUCAGAUGCAUGUCUCCUGUCAUGCUCUGGUUUCGCGACGAGAUGGGCUUGCCGAAGAAGGGAAAAUCAACGGCAACCAACACAUCGACUGGUGCCGUGCCCGCGGCGGCACCGCACAAGCACAGCCAGUAG